AACAAGAUGGCUGCGCCCUUGCUGCGGUGGUUGUUUUUACGACCGAAUGUCAUCACAAGGAAUGCCUUUCUGGCGGUAUCUCUUAAAAACAACAAUGAUGCUCCUUGUCGUUUCUUGAGGAAUUCUAAAAGUCUACCUCCUUUUCUGAAAGAACAAGUCAAAAGAAGAGAAGAAAUUGGUCCAGAGCCUAUUAGACAUCCAUCAGAAUAUGGUUGCUGGAAUUAUGAUGCUGAGCUCUUUGCAUUUGGCAAAAGGAUUGGGGAGGAGUUUGAUAGUGAAACGCUGGAGGAAGCUUUCACGGUCAAAUCAUCCAUUGAGAAGGAAAUCGAGGAAAGAGAAAAAGUUGGAGUAGCAACAGAAGUUUUGGGGGCCAGAUUUAAUGAGGAGCUGUCAAGUGAAG